CCAUUUACUUGUAUUGUUUAUGAUUCAACUUUCGUAGUUUAACUUGCUACUCAAUCUAUAAACAGUCCCCUUUCCUUCUCUUUAACUCUUCCAUUAAUGAACCCUUUCCGACAAUGGUAUAGUCCUUAGCCUAUCCUUUUGCUCUCAAAACCACCUUGUUUAUCUAAGUUUUGCUUUAAGAGUGUAGUACUUCAACAGUCCAAGAUGUAGCUUUGCUUUUAAAAAUGUUUCUUUCUUCUUGAAGUCUUGAUCUUUGAACCAUUUCUAAGUGUUUUUGAUUGGUGGGUAUCUCACUAUGUGAGGGUAAUUAGUUCUAGGCUAUAAGUUUUGGAGAGUCUAUAGACUUCUUAUACUGUUCGGGUUCAAUGGUGGAGCUUCAAUCAUGUGCUAGCUUGGUCAAUGCUUCUGCAUUGUGUUCAAUAGAGCAAGAAGUGAAAGAAGAGAAUACUGUCACUGUUAUUGCGAAGAUAUCUGCAGAACUACAAAGGGAAAGAGAAAAGAAUGCUGAGCUUAUGGAGAAAAUAUCUGCACUUGAAGCUCAAUUACAUGAAAGAGAUCACAAGGGGUCCUUGAUCACACACAGACGAGGCAGCUCUAUCAAUGCAACAGAAAGAAGGCUUAAGAGGUUCAAAAGACAGAAAUUAAAAGUGAUCCAAAAUGAUGUUCAAAAUGGAAAUGUAGUCGAUGCUGGGAUGGUUUCACAGAUAAAGCAUGAGAUUCCAUUCAGUAUUCCUCCCAAAGAUGCAAAUCUUGAAGACUGCUUAGUCAAUUGGAUGAGCAUGGAUGAGACUCAGUUUUCGCAGCUUGAAAAACUGAAAGGUGAUGACUCUGCUGCAGAUUGUUAUGAUACAGAUGAUACUGAUGAAGAAGAUGAAGCUGAUAAUAAAAUUAACCACAUUAAUGGACAAAUGGAUGGGGUCCAUGUGGUUGCUAUUGAACUAAUAGAAAAUCUUCAUGAAGAUAGUGUUGGCGAGGCAAUAAAGUUACCAUGCUUUGAAAGUUCCUUUGGUGGACAGAGUGAGCAAACAAUUCAACAUCUGAACCAAGCAAGAAAUAAAGAUAAAAAGAAUGAUGGCCUUCCACCAGAGAAACAACUAGUUCUUGAUUGCGCAGAUGCUAGAAAUCAUGACAACAGAGAAAUUAAAAAUAACGAAUCUCACAGGACAGAAGCAGAUGAUUUCGUACCUAAGGAGGCUUGUCAUACUCGACCUGGAAAUGUAUCAUUGCUUAGAAAGCCUCCGAAGAUAGCUUUCUGUCCCAAGGAAGUAAAGAGGAUACUCGAGUCUGAAGUCCUUCUAUUGAGAAAUGCCCAGUCCCACACCAUCAGAAAAAUCAUAGUGUUUGCAUCUCUUGGUAUAAGGCAUGGUUGUGAUGAUAUGUAUGAAUUAGACUUCAAUCAUUUUAGCAUUCUACGGAAGGGUGAACCAUACGUAUCACCGAAAGAUCCAGGGGAGUAUGUGCUAUAUGAGAAUCCAGGAAUUCAAAGGAAAAUAUUUUAUCCAAAUCGGCAGAAUCCAACGCUAUGUCCAGUUCAGAUUCUUGAGGAAGAGAAGGACAUGCGCCGAUCAGAUCCUAGUUGCCCAUCAUGCUUUUUUCUUUGCAUUAAGUACGGUGGUAGGACAAGAAAUCUUCCUCAAAAUGAAUAUGUCAGGCAGCGGAUGGGAAGAAACAAGCUCAAGUCUUUCGGGCCACUUUUGUGCCGAAUGGCAAUGCUAGUUCACAUACGCUGUGGGAGCUUCUUCUUCAAGGCCUUAGGAAUCACGCUUUUAUUCAUGGCUGGCUUUCCUGAUGACCUGGUACAAAGAGAAACCAAAUACAGGAACUUAGACUUGCUGCAAAAAUAUUACAGGUUGGACUUCAGGAGAAGAACUGAUGAGGACGCAGAAGGAGAGGAGUUGUUUCUUUCACCGGAAAAGACGUGUGAAGUGGCCAGUCCAGGGUCAAAGAAGCUAACAGGGAAAACAAAUUCAACAAAAUCAAAGGGAAAGAAACAAUCAAACUCCUCGAGUAAGCCUCAUAAUCUUCCAAGAUCAUCAAUUCCUGAGUCUGUGCCAUCAACCUCUGCACCUCCCGCCCCAUUUGGGCAUUUGGGAUAUUCCUCAAUGCAAACUCAUGCAAUGGCAGCAUUCCAGGCCAUCCCAUAUCAAACUCCACCUGAUACUCCAGCAGUCCCAAGCCAAGUAAUUAACAGUCCUAAUGUCUCUUACCAUAACCAAACCCCAUAUCAUAUGUUCCCACCACAGCCAGCAAGUAGUUUCAUGCCUAUGAUAUAUUGGUCAGCACCAAGUGCAUUUCCUUCAAGUCCUUAUGCCAACACAUAUGGUUAUCGACCUUUUCCAUCUACUGCAAACUACAUUUCCAUACACCAGCAGCCUUAUUACUGCCAUCCUUCUUUGUGUUCUCUAAUUCCCAAAGAGCCAGAAAAGAAUGAGAAGAAUGAAGUGAUCCUGAAGGAAUCUGAUAGCAGUUCAAGCAGUACAGAAACAAAAGUCCCAUUACUAAGCUGAAACCCCUGGAUCGGUAGCCAUAUAUAUAUGUCUUAGAUGACAUCAUCUAACACUCCUAGGAAAUAAAUCUUAUCAUGGGAAGUUGCAAGGUGGUGCAUUUUUUGUGUUCUCUAGCACAGUUGGUAUGUAAUUCCACUCGUUGUAAUUGUUCUAUGCCAGUUUAUAGUGAAAUGCUGCAGCUUAGUCACUUCA